AUGGGUAUGACUGAAGAGGAGGUCAAAAAGAUGGCAGAAGUGCUGAUAGGAACCGCAUCUGGUUUUAACGCCGGUCUAACAAUGAAUGAAGCAGCUGACUUCCGCUUUUUUGUUCAGAAACUUCAGGAAACCGGAUUUUUCUAA